UCCAUCAAGACGCUCUAUGACAAACCCGUUCAAUGCGCACCACCCCAUGUCACUCACACCAACAUCACCAGCCUUCGUUUGAGCUGGAUGCAUCCGCACAACGGCGGGUCCGAGCUCACGAACUUCUGGCUCCGCUGGUGGGAAACCGAUGCAGCAGGUAGACCGGAAUCUAUCCGAGACUGUGGGGAAAUGAUGGUCAAAGGUAAGCGGCGCUUCAUCUUGGUGGAUGGUCUGCAAGCACGGAGAACCUAUCAAUUUCAGUUAGCUGCUGAGAACAAGAUGGGUCUCGGCCAGUACAGUGAACCUUCGAAACCUGCAAAGACCCUGGACCCCGCACUGCCAUUGGCCCCGGGAAAACCCAUCGGAGUGCGCUGCUCCUUCAACACCAUCACCAUGUUGUGGACUCCAUCCGAGUCCAUAGGUGCAGAGUGUACUGCACAGGUGGUGCAGAUCAGCAAUGACCCAACGUUCCCACCAAAGCUCACGGGGCAGGCUUGGCUACCUCCAUAUCAGCACAAGCGUCGAAGAGACAUCACGGCAGACAUCGUUUUCCGCACUUCUCAGGCUUUCCUGGUGGGACCUGAAAAGCGGCCGGGGUGGCAGGAUGACCAGGUGGCCAGCUUGGUCUCUGAAAGGGCUUCGAUCAAGUACGGGAACGUCAAACUUUCCAGGUCAGACUGGACACCACCAGAGGAGCUUGUGGAGAGCGGUGAGCAGGCCAUGAUUGACGUGUGGCACAAGCAGGCCUUUGAGUCCAUUUUUGCAGCUGAGACGGCGGCAAGGAUCAGCAGUGCUGUGGUCGAGGCCAGGGUCAACGAGCAGAUGGAAAUAUUGGGCUACGCCAAAUCCAGGUUUUCUGAGUACCCCGCGCUCAAGGAAGCCAUGACGAAGACGCUGACCCAGGAAGAACUGGAGGAAAAGAGGGCGACAAUCCGGCGCGGCGUGUACACUGGGGAGAAAGGUUUUAAGUCGCUGGCUGAACAAAUACAAAGCGAACAAGAGCCCAAGACCCCACCCAGCAACACCAACAAGUACAAUCUUGUAGGCAUGCAGCCUGGCACUUACUACUAUGCUCGAGUGGCCAGCGUGAAUGAAAUGGGCUUAAGCCCUUGGAGCCCCUUGAGCUUACCUUCGCCCUCUGGUGCAUACUGUCCGGCCGAGAUUCCACAGGAUCCAGGAAUUGAGCUGCUACGGGUGGGCUGUACGUCCUUGUCCUUCGGCUGGAAACGACCUUACUGCGGUGGCGCCCCAGUGACGCACUACGUGAUCCGCUUUGCCGAGUCAGAAGCAGCCUUGCAGAACGAGGAUUGCUACGAGUUCAGCCUCGAUGAGACUGAAAUUGAGACCUGGCCCGGGAUUGUUCAUGAAGAGACUCUCGCGGCGCAGAAUGAGAAGCCGUACCUCGAGAAUGAGGAAGUCAUCAGCACCUUCGCAGAGUAUUUGAUGACGCGCUUUGGAGGAGUUGAAGAGUCCUGGGAAUGGCUUGACAUCAACGGCAACGGCGAGGUCUCAAGAGAUGAGUUUAUCCAGGGCGACAUCGACACGGGACCACCGUUCGAAGACUAUAGCAAGCCUGAAUGGUUGGACCAAGUGUGGAUGCUGAUGGAUCGCGACUGCACCAACAGCAUCAGCAUCAACGAGUACACCAGACUUCGGCCUUAUAUGGAGGCGGUAAAGCGAGGCCAAGCAGGACUGAGGUACAACGGCUUCUACUGCAUGGUCCCGAGCCUGACACCUGGGAAGUCGUACUACAUCAAGGCGCGGCCCUGCAACCGCGUGGGCACUGCCUGGUGGAUCCGAUCACGACCUUGGCGACGACACCGCCGCGGAUGGAAGCCAUUGAAAGUAUCCCGGAACAUCGCACUGCCCAAAGCAUAG